GCUGCGGAUGCAGCGGUGGUAGCUGCGGAAGCUGUGGCGGCUGCGGCAAUUGCUGCGGUGGCUGUGGCAGCUGCAGUGGCUGUGGUAGUUGCGGAUGUGGCAGCUGCGGCUGUGGGUGCGGCGGCUGCCCUGGCUGUGGUGGAUGCUGUGGGGGUUGCGGGUGUGGCGGCUGCCCCUGUGGAGGCUGCGGAGGUUGCGGUUGUGGUGGCUGUAUGGGCUGCGGCUGCGGCUGCAGCGGAGGCGGAAGUGUCGGCAGCUGUAGUGGAGGCAACUGCAAUGCGUGCGGCA